CUAAAGUAAAGUCGAGUAAGGAGAGCAUUUUCUCUUUUUUACAGAAGAAGAGACUUACUGUUUUCUCGAAAACGUCACUCUAAAAGUCAACAUCUGUUUAUGAUGAAGAGUCUUUUGAUUUGUACUGGGAAGGUGAAGAGGACAAAAAGCGAAGGCCAAAUCUAUUUGAUGAUGAUGAUGACUCAUCUUUUGGCUGGAUCGACUCAGAGGAAGUGGCUGACUUGAGGAAGCAGUCUCGUCGUUUAGCAAGCAAUGAUGAUGAUGAUGAUGGUGAUGAGGAACUUGGUGAAGCAUGGGGUGGGGUAGAGUACAGUUUGAAUCCAGUGUCAAAGACUCGCUCAAAUUCAGCUGCUCAAUCAGUGCGAGUCCACCCACAGUCUUCAGCCAUGUCCAGCAAUAAGAAUGCCAGUAAACAAAGUUCAUCUUUCGAAGGUACAAAAUCUCAAACCCCACCAAAAAGACCACCAGCUCUAUCUGCACAGCGAGUGAUAACCACCUCAUCAUCCUCUGUAACUACUACAUCUUCAUCAUCCUCAUCAGUCUCACUGUCAGCAGCAGCUGUGAGAAACCAAACCUCCAAAGUAACAACCACUCAAGCUGCUUUGCAUAGUGUGACAUCAUCAAUAAAAGAUGUUAUCAGCAAUGCCCCUCAAGUCUCUGUCAUGGAAUAUAAAAGACUUGAAGCUGAAGUUAAUCGGCUGAAGAAAGAUCUACAGGUGGCACAAAGAGAUAAAACAGCAGUGCCUUCAGUUCAAGAGACUGUUAGAAGAAUUAUUCGCGGGGAGCCCUAUAACCUUGGAGUUUAUAAGUCACUAAAAGACAAAUUGGAUCUCCUGGACUAUGCCAUUAAAAAGCAUGAUGGAAACGCAAUAACUGCUGCGGUCUUGUUCUUGAGGAAAUCAGUAAAACAACGUAUCCUUCAUGAUGAAUUGACGACGCGUCCCAAAGCUGUACACCACUUGAGCAAAUACCUGAGCGAACAUUAUGAGUAUACUGAACUUACAGAGUUGUAUCGAUCUGUUGGUAAAUACGAGGAGGCAGCGAUGCUUCAAUUUAAACAGGCCAUUAAAUCAAAAGACCCUGGUGUUAGAUUAACCAAGCUUAAAUACGUUCUCAGACAUUAUUUUGAAGGUCAUCUCGAACUGGCCGAAUAUACGACUUAUCUGACAGAAUAUGUUGAUUUAUUGGAGCAGCAAUUACUCAUUGAGGACGCAGAUUCCCGAGCUGAACGUGAACGAAAGAACCACGUGAUGGUAGCGCACCCGAGGCAAGCUUCGUUACCGCUGUGCUCAGUGAUUGUGACACUAUACUACUGCUGUCGAUAUCAUUUUGGAGAGCCCGAGAGUGUUUUCACCAGUCCCAUGGCUAUUCGCGCUAGAUUUAAGCUAUCCGAAAAGCAGUAUGAAUGGACAGCGUUAUCUUCCCGAGCCAAGCUAAAACAAUGGAAAGGCCUUGAACAGAUGUUUACAGUAAAAGGAUGGUUAGGUAAAGUUAAAAUGAAAUCAGCAAUAGGAUUCACUCAAGUCGUCGAGUUGCUUCAUCAACACGGUGCGACUGAACAGGUGUUAAACACUUACCUUAACUUGAUUGAUGAUCUUAACCAACGGCUUUCAGCGGCGACGAAAACAAAAUGCCAUCGUGCAGCUAUUGAGACCUUAGUUGCGAUGAAGGAUCGCCAACAGCUUGAAAAAUACAGAAGUCAGCUGAAAGGAACCGCGCCCGAACAAGCCAUAAUCUCAGAAUACCUAAAGAACUCUCAACUGCGAUGGAAAAACUGAAGUCCAAGAAAUUGAAGCUGGAAAAUCAAUCGUUACAUUUUUUAGCCUAGGCGUCCACGUAAUAAAACGGAGAGAAAUGUAUACGGCGCGAUUGCAGCGGCGAAGUGAAAAAGCGAGAAAGAUUUGGGUCUGGUCGGGUCGUGUCGUGUAACCCAAAUCUCCCGCGCUUUUCACUCCGUCGCUACUAUGGCGCCGUUAAAUAUUUCGCUCCGUUUAACCAAACAAACGCCUGGAACAAGGAAUAUAUAUAGCUAGAAAGAUUUCAAAUAAUACAGUCACAUUUAAAAAAGUGGAGUCGUUCAACGAUAGCAACAUGUCGUAUGUUACCAAUUUAAAAUAAAAAACAACUGGUAGUUCUUA